AUUGACUGUCGCAGCCCGUACGCGAGCCAUGUCGCACGCGCGCUCAUAACAUGUAUCGAUACAAUAAUAUCGUAAUAUAUAAACAAAUCGAUUAAAAACUCUCGAGUUACUCCUGUGCCAUCCUGGAUUUUCAUACUAAUUAAAACAAGUAAACAUCAGUGAAAAUGACCAACAGUUACAAUAUGAAGGAGUUCAGUUCGACGGCCGUCAUAACAGAAAAUGGACUCUAUCCCUCAACGAUAUCCAUUAGCACAAUCAACACAAAAUGUAAAGAUAAUGAUUUGGAAUGCAACGCAUACGAUCCUUUUCAAAACAGAAAACUGGAACAUCCCAACUCAGAUAUGAGGUCAUUUGCGAACCUCCUGAAAUCGUCGCUGGGUUCCGGUAUCCUAGCCAUGCCAGCUGCAUUCAAGAAUGCGGGUACACUAGUCGGCAUCGUCGGGACAAUCAUAUUGGGAUAUAUCUGCACACAUUGCGUUUAUUUAUUGGUUAAAACCUCACAAGAAGUUUCGAGAGUCACAAGGGUCCCUUCAUUAGGUUAUGCAGAAACUGUUGAAGCGGUAUUCGCCACAGGACCUCCACCCUUACGGAAAAUAUCUCGAGGAGCCAGGAUAUUUAUAGAUUGGGCCAUGGCUUUCACCAUUCUUGGCGCCUGCGCGGUCUAUGUCAUCCUACUCGUGGAAUCUGUUCAACAGAUCGUUGACUUCUAUUUCGUGGACAAUGAAAUCAGCAAAACUAUGUACUGCCUCAUGUUUUUGGUCCCAAUCCUGAUCUUCACACAAAUCAAGAAUUUAAAAUAUUUGGCGCCGUUCUCAGGAUUCGCAAACGUUCUACUGGUUCUUACAUUCCUCAUCUGUCUGUACUACAUUUGCUCCGAUUUCCCUCCUAUCAGCGAUAAACCGAUGGCAGUUGAUAUUGGAAAACUUCCUCUCUUUAUCGGUACAGUUAUAUUUGCAAUGGAAGGCAUCGGCGUCGUGCUCCCGGUUGAGAACACCAUGGCUAAACCCAACCACUUUCUCGGCUGCCCUGGCGUGCUGAACAUCACCAUGUCUGUAGUGGUCUUAUUGUACAUGUUCAUGGGAUUUUUGGGCUACGUACGUUACGGAGACCUUGCACAAGGCAGUAUCACCCUUAAUUUGGACACUUCUGAAAUCCCUGCCUUAACUGCCAAGGUGUUCAUAAUUUUUGCUAUAUUCUUUACAUACACGCUUCAAUUCUAUGUGCCUAUGGAAAUAGUCUGGCGUAACACUAAAGGAUAUGUUACACAGAAAUACCAUAAUAUUGCCCAAGGCGUCAUCCGUGCAGUAUUUGCUGUCCUUACUGUGAUAGCAGCAGCUACCUUACCCCGCCUGGAGCAAGUGAUUGGACUGGAAGGAGCUUUUUUCUACUCCUUCUUAGGCCUCAUAGCGCCAUCUUUAAUGGACGUUAUUUUCAAAUGGAACAGAGGACUUGGAAAAUACAACUGGAUUCUUGUAAAAGAUGUUAUACUAAUAGCGUUUGGAAGCUUCGUGCUGGUCGCAGGAGUAACUCAAAGUAUUAGGGAAAUUAUUAAGACUAAUUAGUGAGUAGGGAGAAAAAAACUGGUGAUAAAUGUGUAUUAUACUUGAGAUAUUUAUGUAAAUAUAGAUAGGUGCAUUAUUACAUUUAAGAUAAACAAUAUUGUACUUAAUAAGCCGAGUGUUUGUAUUUAAUUAAUUUUUAAAACAAUAAAAAUCCUGGCUUAUGUAACGCUUCGACAUGUGAAACAGGGAUAAACACUGUAAAUAUUAAUGUUAUUAAAAAUAUAUAUUUUGGUAAUUACUUAUUUGUGAAAUACGAAUACAAAAUACGUAAACAA